UACAGCUGUCAGUCAAGAGACAUUGAUCAUGAAACGGAGUCUCUUCAGUUUGCACACAGAUUAAAUCGAUUUAAGACAUGUCUGGAGGCACCUCAGGCACAGGAGACCUUCCGACCUGUUUCUGUUGAGUGUGCCACAUCAAAAACGACCCUUUCAAAACCUGAUAUUUUCUCACACAAACAUCAGUUUGAUCCCAAACCAAAUAAAAGCCUCAAAGGGGUGAACCUCAGUGACACAGGACUGAAUCAAAUAGAUAUUUUUGCACCAUCUGACCAUCCCGGGGUGCCCGCAAAGCUACCACAAUAUCCCUCAGAGAAAUACUGCCCAUUCAACACAAACAGUUUUGUCAUCAGUUCAAUGGGGGUCUUUGACCUGCCAUCACAUCAGCCACAGCACAGAGUGCACCAGAGACCAGACGAGACAACAACAACAACAGCUUUCCCUCUACUACAACAACCAAAUUACUCUCCAGCAGACAGAGCAUUUAUCAUGGAGGAGCCAGAGGAUCCGUAUUACGUCACCAUGUAUUACCCGGGGUCAGUGUACGUGGACAUGUCAGACAUAGUUCCUCCAGAAGUGAGACCCAAACCAGUCGUCCCUGCCAAGCCCCCAAAUGUGGGGGCACCUUCACCCUCCAGCCCCUUCCCACCCCAGGGCCCGGGCAUCGGGGGAGGAGGCGGUGUUUCACUUCCUCCAAGUGCCAUUCCAGUCCCCAUCGGGAGUCACGGUCAUAGUGUGGGUCAUAAUGUCGGUCACGGUGUGGGCCACGGUGCGGGCCAUGUUGGAGGUCACACUGCAGCGCACAAUGGAGGUCAUGGUCAUGGAGGCUCCAACAGCUCCAGCGGUGGAUCCACUUUGCUGGGGUACAUUGGUAUCGACACUAUCAUUGAGCAGAUGAGGAAGAAGACCAUGAAGACGGGCUUUGACUUUAAUAUCAUGGUUGUCGGUCACAGCGGUCUCGGAAAGUCAACUCUGGUGAACACCCUAUUCAAGUCCCAGGUGAGCAGGAGGAGCGCCGGAUGGGCCCGUGAUGAGAAGAUCCCCAAAACUGUAGACAUCAAAGCGGUGUCUCAUGUCCUUGAGGAGGGUGGUGUGAAGAUGAAGCUGACAGUCGUCGACACUCCAGGCUUUGGAGACCUAAUUAAUAACGACAACUGCUGGGAGCCCAUUUCCAAGUACAUCAAUGAGCAGUAUGAGAAGUUCCUAAAGGAGGAGGUCAACAUCACUAGAAAGAAGCGCAUUCCUGACACCAGGGUGCACUGCUGUCUAUAUUUUAUCACCCCAACUGGACACUCUCUUCGGCCACUAGACGUCGAGUUCAUGAAGCGCUUGAGUCACUCGGUCAACAUUAUUCCUGUCAUUGCAAAGGCAGACACGAUGACCAUUGAGGAGAGACAGGAGUUCAAACAGCGGGUAAGGAAGGAGCUGGAGAUGGGCGGGAUUGAGUUUUACCCACAAAAAGAGUUUGAUGAGGACAUGGAGGACAAGAGCGACAAUGACAAGAUCAGAGAGGCGAUGCCCUUUGCUGUUGUGGGUAGCGACAAAGAAUAUCAAGUGAAUGGCAAACGAGUUCUGGGGAGGAAGACAGCAUGGGGCAUCGUAGAAGUUGAAAACCCCAACCAUUGUGAGUUUGCUCAGCUGAGAGAUUUCCUGAUCAGGUCUCACCUCCAGGAUUUGAAGGAGGUCACUCACAACAUUCACUAUGAAACUUAUCGUGCCAAGAGACUGAACGAGAACGGGGGUCUCCACCCCAUAUCCUCCAAUGACACCCAAGAAAGCAACCUGUAGUCAGUUCAGUCAGAGUGAGAUGAGAAUACAAACUGAUGGAUUAAUCUACGAAAUAUUAUUAUCAUUGUCACCACGGCAUCGAUAUGCAUGCUUGAAAAACAUUUUAAUCUUCUACAUAUUCUUCCCCACAAACACAUAUCAAAGUAAAGCCAUUCCUUUGAAUAUUUGGAUGGAAGGGCAGUCACAAACAGAUAACUUAGUGCCAUUAUAAAAUUAACAAUUUAUCAA